ACUUAAAAAAAUCGUCUAAAGAGUGGGAAAUUGCGUCCUUCUGUAAAAAUUAAUAAAUAUAUUUUAUGUUACAUUAAAUUUGAUUAUUGAGUACUUUUACGUUUUUAGUAUAGUUCCAUUUUUAGUGAAUAAAUAAAUAAACAGUACAAAAUGAGUGGAAAAGUAUUGUUUGCAUGUUCAAAAUGCUUUUCAAGGCACCCGUUUGAAGAAUUGUCUUCGGGUUCACAACUUUGCAAGAACUGCCGCGUUACAUCGGCCGCUAAAUGUUGUACUUAUUGCCGUUCAGAAUUUCAGCCCGUAAUGAAAUCACAAAGCGCAUGCAAAAAGUGUGAACAUUGUUUAAGCAAAUACGGCAAGCCAUCUGCAUGCGAAUGCUGCAAAAUUGUCGCAGCUUUCAACAGUACUAAGUGUAUGAGAUGUGCUAGCUAUGAAGUAAAAUACGGUCCACCUGUACAAUGUGAUGAGUGCAAACAACGAUCCGCAUUUGAUAAACAUGACGAGAAUAAAAAGGUCAAUGGCAAAUUGCUCUGUUGGCUAUGUACCUGCUCAUUUAAACGUGCCCUUCUCAAAGCACAGCAGGAAGGGCGAUUACCUUCAAAGAAACGACCUCACGAAAAAUCGCACAGAGAAAAUUCCUCAGCUUCAGCCAAGAAAUCAUCUCGGACUUCUGCUGAUUUAACGAAAGGAAGUACAUCAGCUGUUAGCGCAGCUGGAUUGGAUUUACCCGAUAAAAUUUCACGCACAGGUUCUGGCGGCAGUAGUGGAAGUGGAAAUGGAGCAAUUAUUGGUUUAGGAUCAUUAGGCACACCAGCUGUUAUAUCGAUUGAUCCUAACUCAGCUGAUCAUGUAGUUGCUAUGACAAAUCUUAAGGAGCGUAUUGCUAGUCUUGAAAAACGCCUACAGCUUAAAGAUAAAGAUUUGUUGGAAAAAGAUAAACUGGUGACAGAGUUGAAAGGAAAGAUGUUUGAAAAGGAAAUUGAAAUGCGUAAUAAAAUGAAAGAACAAGAGCGAUUAAACGAAAUGAAAGUAGAAAAUCUUAAUCGCAAGGUAUCUAACUUAUUAAAAGAGGUAGCAGGCUUGAAGAAAGGUAACAAGAAAAAUGGUAGAGAAAAACGUGAAAAUGUAUCACCUAAAGAAGAGAUUAUUGAAAUAAAGUCGAAUGAAGUUAAAGAAGAUAAGGAAGAAAGCCGCGGAGGAGAUGAACAAGAGGAGCGUGACGAACGUAUAGAAAAUGAAGAAAAAGAAAGUUCUUCAGACUCACGUUCAAAUAGUCCCUCAACAAAUUAAUUAUUCUACUUAAAUUAGUAAAUAUUCCUCAUAUUGUAUAUUUACAAGAUUUGAAUCAAGUUUUUAAAUUUUCUAAUUUAGUUAUUAUUAUUUACAUGACAAACAGUUAUGCAGAAAUAGGUAAGAGAACUCUUACUUAAUUUAUCAGCUUAUAUAUAUAUAAAUUAUAAAUUUUUUUUUCUAUAAGUGUUAGUUUCAUAAAGUUGUUGGAAAGACUUGUUUUUUGUGCGCAUUAUAAUAUAUUACUAUAAACAUUCAGAAAUUAAUUUUAAAAAAAAUUUAAUUUAAGCAUAAUAAAUUUAGUAAAUUGUAACUUUAUUUUGUAGUUGACUUCUUCUUAUUUUUUACUUAUUCUGAAGCAAAUGUUUUUGUUUAUAAGUUUUAAUAAUUUGUAAGAGAUUGAAAACAAAUAAAAAAAAAUCCAACA